AUGACAACAACAACAACUACUACUACUACUAAUACUACCACCACCACCACAACAACAACAACAACAACUACUACUACUACUACUACUACCAUUACAACAACAACUACUACUACCACUACCACUACUAAUACCAUCACUACUACUACUACCACUACCACCACCACUACUACUACUAGUACUAAUAAUAAUAAUAAUAAUAAUAAUAAUAAUAAUCAAAUUAUAAUUUCCAUUUCAUUUAAUGCAUAA